GGCGAUCAGUUCUCUUCUAUCGCCGCUGCUUUCCGGUUGCGGUGGCACGCGAGCUUGCGAAAUAGGAAUCCGUGCGCGAUAUUUUUUCCAUUUUUCUACAAAUUAUUGUCUGUGUCCCAAAAGGGCGUCUUUGGUGCUAAACGGAUUAAGAGAAACGUGACGGUGGCCCUUUAAGUGUCUGCUCCGAAUAGCGAUUUCCGGACAUCAUAGACUUCCGGCGUGAAUAUGUGAGAAAUCGAAUUGCAAGAGAAAGAGACGAGAAUGCCGUUGUUCAAGGCGCGGGCUACGUCGAGGUCGCCGAUAACGGAGAAAGCCGCGAACGGCGUUCAGUAUCGCAACCAUCAUCACGUCGGCGAUGACAACAAUCAUGACGGAGGCGCGAGCGGUAAUAACGGUUCCGGUAGCCGGCCAUGCAAUAAUAACGCCGCUCUUCAGCCUCGCGAGCAGCAGACGAGAGCCUCGUCCAGGGACUUGAUGAAGUCGCCUCCGCUCGUCUUCCACUGCCAGCUGGCCCACGGAAGUCCCACGGGACUUAUAUCGGACUUCAGCAACGUCCGCGAGCUCUACCAGAAGAUUGCCGAGUGCUACGACUUGCCAGCUGAAGAAAUUCUCUUUUGCACACUCAACACGCACAAAGUGGACAUGACGGAGUUACUAGGUGGACAAAUCGGUGUGGGUGACUUCAUAUUUGCACAUAAAAAAGGUCGACCGAAGGAAAUCGAGCUGGUGAAGACGGACGAUGCAUUAGGUCUGACUAUCACCGAUAACGGCGCCGGUUACGCUUUCAUAAAGCGUAUAAAGGAGGGCUCCGUGAUCGAUAGAAUAAAGGUGAUCGAGGUGGGCGAUCAUAUCGAGAGAAUCAACUUGACCAGUCUCGUGGGCAGACGGCACUUCGAAGUAGCGAGGAUGUUGAAGGACAUCCCGAAGGGUUCAACGUUCACGUUGAGGCUGGUGGAGCCGCAGAAAAACGGCUUCGGCAGCAUCGGACCGCGCAGUGAUCCCAGGAAAGGGAAGAAAGUUGGCUACGGAUCCGGCAAGGAGACUCUGAGAUUCAAAGCUGACGGCAGCACGCAGAUCAUAGAACAAAUUGACGACGCGGCUGCGCUGGGCGUCGAGAAGAUCAACACCAUUUUGGAGAGUUUUAUGGGAAUCUCCGAUACGGAAUUAGCUACUCAAAUCUGGGAACUCGCCGAGGGCAAAUGCAACAGCAUAGAUUUUGCUGAGGCGAUAGACAAUUCCGACUUGGAGGACUUUGGCUUCACCGACGAGUUCGUCAUCGAAUUGUGGGGCGCCGUAACUGAUGCCAGAGCAGGUCGACAUCGAUGACGCCGGGAUCGAUGAUGAAUAAACGAUCAGCGAUACAUAUUGAAGGAAGAUAAACGGCUGAAUGCUACGUUGAAACGACAUUUUUGGAUAAAAUUAUUCGUAAACGAGUGUUCUCCCACGUGAAAAGUGGACAUUCGUUUAUUCUCCUCUGUUACCAUCAGGAUUCUGGAAGCUGAAAUGUUUAACUAGUCGUGGUUAUCGAGAUUUACGCUUCUUAAAAAUUUUGAUUCGAUUUGCAAAUUUAUCAAUACGACAGAAUUAAGCAUUCAACGGCUAAAAUGCAGAUUGAAAUCUGUAACAUUCCAAAUAUUGUAUCGUACAUUGUGUCAUACAGCAAGCGCAAAGUCUUUAAAGAAAAGAAUAGAUGAAAGAUUUUUCGCAGAUUGGAUUAUAAAAAAUUGAGAAUAGCUUUUAUAUUUUGCCGCAGUAAAAAAGAAUUUUGUUAUUAAGAUUGAGGCAUUAAAAUUUUAUAUA